AUGGGCUGCGGCUCGGCCCGGUGCCUGCAUGGCCGUCGUGUGACCUGGCUUGUAAAAGCACCUGGCAAGCUGGUGCGAGGGUUGGGGGCAGAGUGCAAGCAUGAGAAGGAGGACACAUCACUGAAUACUGAGCACUUUGUGGUAGAUGCUGAUGCUGUCGCUGGGCAUAGUACAGGGAGCAGUGUGCUAUCUGCAUUCCAAAGCACAGCUAUAAAGGAAGAAGUUGAGGAUACCUUGGGAACAGAAGAUAGGAUCAGCCCUGUAAAGAAGGUGGAGGAAGAUGGGAGAUACUGCACCCUGCAGGCAACUGGGUCAACUACCCAAGACUCAGCGGCCCUUGAUGGCCAGCUCGACCUUGCCUCAGUGUGUGGACAGCUGUCAAAUUUCCUCAGUGACGUGAAGGCUGUGCCCACACCUUCUGUGGUUGAAUUUGCACAGGAGCCCACAGGUCAGUCAGGGUCACGUGAACAGUGUGAGAACUAUUACUCUGACGGGAUUGAAAAGGAGGCAAAGAAGAAAAAAAGUAAUGAUAGAAGUGGAAUGUGCGCUGAGAAAGCAUCUAGUGGAAUCCCUGGGGACCUCUGCAGGCAGGAUGUGUGUGGCCCAGCUACUCGCCGAUCAUCCAAAUGCACUUCAGCGAACGCUGCAGCUCAGCAGUCCUACAAGGUGUCUUCAGUUCUGGAAUCCAGAAGUAGCCAUGAUGGGACCAAGGGAAAAAAAGAGUUACUUGAGAAUCCAGAAAUUCUACCACCAGUCAGGAAGAAGUCACGCACCUUCUAUAGUGCAGAGCAGCUAGAAGAGUUGGAGAAGAUGUUCCAGGAAGACCACUACCCCGACAAUGAGAAGAGGAGGGAGAUCGCGGCUGUGGUUGGUGUCACACCACAGCGUAUCAUGGUCUGGUUUCAGAAUCGCAGGGCAAAGUGGCGGAAAUCGGAGAAGUUGCGUGUGAAAGGCAACAAAAAAUAUCCAACAUCAUCAGCUCUGUCAGUCCCCUUUGGGUCAGAUGGUUAUGGGGCACCUCUUCUGCCCAUGCCUCCAUUGCCUGACAUUGCUCAUGACCAGUCUGCCAUGCUGGGUGUAGACACUACAGCUGGGAACUACUCCAGCCUGCUCAGUGGACAUCCUGCACCACUUGCCUCCUCCUCAGUCUCUUCAGUGGCAGGAAUGGUGGCAUCUUGUGAAGCAGUUCAGACAAAGGCAUUACCACAACUCAACUUCAGUUCCAGCAGAACGGAGUGCUUCCCUAGUCUUCCCAGCCCUCCACCCAUCCGCAGGGCCAGCCUACCUCUCAGUCUGUCCUUCAACCCCCAGAGUCAUAUUGUUCCUUUGAUGCUGGACACUCGCAACAGUGAAUGCAGCUUGUCCAGUCAGGAAAAUGGCUCCAGGGAGGCCUUCACUUACAGCAUCCAGAAUCAAGGUUUGAGUUCACCAGUUUCAUGCAAUUACCCUGAGCAGCUGGAGUCGGCAGGCAACCUAGAGACCACGUACAGCAGCCAGGGUGGAAUUUAUCAGCUGCCCCAAUAUCCCCAGCAGCACCAGCUCUCCCAGUUCCACCAUCUGCCGGGUCACCUGACCAGCAAUGUGCUCUCCAGUGUCCGCCUCACUCCUACACCACCCACGGAGUCCCAUACAGCUUUCCUCGCCUUACCUGGUAACAGUGGAGUUGUAACCUAUGGGGCAGCAGGAGCCACACAAGGCUACGUACAAAACCACAUGGGGGGACAGCUCUUGUUACAGCAGCCAAGUGGAAACUCGGCAGGCAUCAAUACCUAUCAAGCUGUGCCCUGGAAUGAUUUCUACAUGCAGGGAGCUCCAUUCUCGAACCAGUUGCGCUCACAAAUGCCAUUUUCUAGCACAACAGGAGGACAGUACUUCACAGAGCAGAUUUCUUACACUCAGCCGCCUUGCCUGCCCUCCUCUCCAUAUUUUCUUCAAGCGCCCAACGGAACAACACUGGGAUCCAUGCCACAUACUGGAAAGCAAAAGGGAGUCACACCACCAGACCAGAGUACAGACCAGAACCACAAAACAGAGCCAGAGUUGACAUCGCUCGCUGAAAGAGAGGAAGUAGAGAGUAGCAGCAAGAAAGGAGAGACUAUUGUUGAUAUUAAAGACGACACUAAUGACUGA